GUGUAUUUGUAUUCUUUACUUCUGAAGAUUCAUUCCUGACUGACCUCCCUCAGGAAUAUGCUCCCCAGUUUGUCCCAUUCUUAUAAGUGAUAGUGUCUUCCCUAAGUGUAUCUUUCUACUCUAUAGUCACAUACUUAUUCAACAAUCCAUUCAGCAUCUUUGACUAGGAGCACUGAUCUAACAAAAGCAGAGUUCCCUGAUUUCAUAAGACAGAGGAAGAUAUUAAAUGGCACCACACAUGAAAACCUUUUGAACUUCUCUUUAGAUCUAAGUUCCCAGGUAGACAAGACAGGAGUUGAUCGUGACUGGGAUCACUCUCAGUAUAUGGCAAGAGCUCAUGUUUUAUUAGUUUUUAAGAUUAGGAAGAUGAUUAGGGACUGAAUACAGAAAGAUCAGGGAUCUUCCCCAGGAAGAUGUAACUUAAUAUGGAUCAAUUGGAAAUUCAACAUUAUGUGCUGGUCUUGAAUGUGUAAAUUUAGAUUAUGUUUUUCACCUUUCUAAUGCUUAGAAUGAUGAAAAGUUACGUUUAUAGUUGAAUAGUAAAUACGAUCAUAGUAAAGGUGAUCAUUUCCCAGCAGAAGUUGCUGAGAAUAAUAAACUCUGAGAACUAAGAAAUACUUACACAGUUUUAUUUUAUACAACCUAAAAUGUUUAAAUAUGAGCACUUAUUAAAUCAGAUGUAUUCAUUAUAUGGAGCUAUUCUGUAUCCUAUAAAAUAUUUACUAAAUUAUUGAUGACGAGGAAAAUGUUUAUGAUAUAGUACUUGGAUCUAAUGGUGAAUCUGGAGCUUCAAUAAAUUCUUUAAUUUUAUACAAAUCUAUUUUAUAAGGUUUUACAGAUAAUUUUUCCCAGUUAUUUUGUUUAUUCCUUAAAUAGUGAAGAAAGAGAAAGUUACAUUUAUUGAGAAUGUAUGAUACACAAUAUACAUAUUAUAUAGAAUGCUUGUGUAUACUAUUUCCUUUAAUUGCGACAUUGCAUUUAGUUUAUUAAUUCCCAGACUUAUCUGUAAAGUAAGAUGUUCUGUAUGUAGAAAAUAUCUACAGCAGGCCAGGUGCAGUGGCUCACACUUGUAAUCCCAACACUUUGGGAGGCCUAGGCAGGAGGGUCCCUUAGGCCAGGUGUUCAAGACUCUCCUGUGCAACAUAACAAGACCCCUGUCUCUACAAAAAAAUUUAAAAAUUAUCUGGGCGCAGUGGCACGUACUUCGGUCUCAACUACUCAGGAAGCUGAGGCAAGAUCACUUAAGCCCAGGAGUUCGAGGCUGCAGUAAGCUAUGAUGGCACCAUGUACUCCAGCCUGGGUGGCAGAGGGAGACCCUGUCUCCAAAACAACAACAACAACAUCAAAACUAUAGUAAUAGGAAUAAUCAGGAACAUAUUCGUACUUUUCUGCCCAUUUGCUCUCUUGCUUCCUUUGUGGAGUGUUCCCCAUCAUCUCCUCCUCCAUUGAGAAAGUUUUGGUUUUGUUUUUGAAAGAGUCUUACUCUGUCACCCAGGCUGGGGUGCAGUGGCGUGAUCUGGGCUCACUGCAACCUCUGCUUCCUGGGGGUAAGCAAUUCUCCUGCCUCAUUCUUCUGAGUAGCUGGGACUGCAGGCACCCACCACCCACACCUGGCUAAUUUUUUGUAUUUUUAGUAGAGACGGGGUUUCACCGUGUUAGCCAGGAUGGUGUCGAUCUCCUGACCUCGUGAUUCUCCCGCCUCGGCCUCCCAAAGUACUGGGAUUACAGAAAGUAGUGAUGUUCCGGGAUGUUGCCAUUGACUUCUCUCAAGAAGAGUGGGAAUGCCUGGACGCUGCUCAAAGAGAUUUGUAUAGAGAUGUGAUGUUGGAGAACUACAGCAACUUGGUAUCACUAGACUUGCCUUUAAGGUGUGCAAGAAAGGACUUAUCUCCAGAAAAGAACACUUAUGAAACAGAAUUAUCCCAAUGGGAAGUGAGUGACAGGCUUGAAAAGUGUGACCUUGAAGAGUCCAAUUCCAGGGAUUAUUUGGAAGCCAAAGCCGAGAUGGAGAGGCAACAAGAAAAUCAGAGGGAAUAUUUCAGGCAAGGAAUGAUCAUAUAUGACAAAAUGUCCAUUUUCAACCAGCAUACUUACUUAUCUCAACAUUCAAAAUGUCAUUCUACUGAGAAACCCUAUAAAUGUAAGGAAUGCGGGAAAGCCUUCAGACGAGCCUCACACCUAACACAACAUCAAAGUAUUCAUACUGGUGAAAAACCCUAUGAAUGUAAGCAAUGUGGGAAAGCCUUUAGUCGUGAUUCACAACUCAGUCUUCAUCAGAGACUUCAUACUGGUGAGAAACCCUAUGCAUGUAAGGAAUGUGGGAAGGCCUUUACUCAAAGCUCACAGCUUAUUUUACAUCAUAGAAUUCAUACUGGUGAAAAACCAUAUAAAUGUGAAGAAUGUGGAAAAGCCUUUAUUCGUAGCUCACAACUUACCCGACAUCAAAAAGUUCAUACUGGUGAGAAACCUUAUGAAUGUAAAGAAUGUGGGAAAGCCUUUACUCAGAAUUCACAACUUACACUACACCAGAGACUUCAUACUGGUGAGAAGCUCUAUGAAUGUAAAGAGUGUAGGAAGGUCUUUACUCAGCUCUCACAACUUAUUCUGCAUAAGAGAAUUCAUACCGGUGAGAAGCCGUAUGAAUGUAAGGAAUGUGGGAAAGCUUUUAUUUGUGGCUCACAGCUUUCUCAACAUCAGAAAAUUCAUAAUGGGGAAAAACCAUAUGAAUGUAAGGAAUGUGGAAAGGCUUUUAUUCGGGGCUCACUACUUAUGCAACAUCAGAGGAUUCAUACUGGUGAAAAACCCUAUAAAUGUGAAGAAUGUGGGAAGGCCUUUAUCCGUGGCUCACAACUUACCCAACACCAGAGAAUCCACACCAAUGAAAAGCCCUAUGAAUGUAAGGAAUGUGGAAAGACGUUUAGUCAUGGCUCGCAACUUACCCAACAUCAGAGAAUACAUACUGGUGAGAAACCCUAUCAAUGUAAGGAAUGUGGAAAGGCGUUUAAUCGUGGCUCACUCCUUACACGACACCAGAGGAUUCAUACUGGUGAGAAACCCUAUGAAUGUAAAGAAUGUGGAAAAACCUUUAGUCGUGGCUCAGAACUUACUCAGCAUGAGCGGAUUCACACAGGUGAGAAACCCUAUGAAUGUAAGGAAUGUGGGAAAUCUUUUAUUCGUGGCUCACAGCUUACUCAGCAUCAGAGAAUCCAUACUGGUGAGAAACCUUAUGAAUGUAAAGAAUGUAGAAUGGCCUUUACUCAGAGUUCACAUCUUUCCCAACAUCAAAGACUUCACACUGGUGAGAAACCCUAUGUGUGUAAUGAAUGCGGAAAGGCCUUUGCACGUGGCUUACUACUUAUACAACAUCAGAGAAUUCAUACUGGUGAGAAACCGUAUCAAUGUAAGGAAUGUGGGAAAGCCUUUAUUCGUGGUUCACAGUUGACUCAACAUCAGCGAAUUCACACUGGAGAAAAACCCUAUGAAUGCAAGGAAUGUGGCAAGGCCUUUAGUCAUGGCUCUCAACUUACUCUGCAUCAGAGAAUCCAUACUGGUGAGAAGCCCUAUGAAUGCAGAGAAUGUAGAAAGGCCUUUACUCAGAGCUCACAUCUUUCUCGGCAUCAGAGGAUUCAUACUGGUGAGAAACCAUAUCAAUGUAAGGAAUGUGGGAAGGCCUUUACUCGUGGUUCACAACUAACACAACAUCAGAGAAUUCAUAUCAGUGAGAAAUCUUUUGAAUAUAAAGAAUGUGGGAUUGACUUUAGUCAUGGCUCAGAAGUUUACAUGUGAACUGUCUGAUUCUUUGAGAUCACUAUGAAGAGGUUCUCUGGUUAUCAGCAACAAAUUCUCACAAAUGUGAAUAUGGGUACUCAUCUGCCUCAUAAGGCACAGCAUCAGAGAAUUUGUAUGAGGAAAAGAAAAUGUUAGUGUCAUUCAUAUAGAAAAACCUAUCGUUACUGAAAACCUAUUAAACAUUAGCAAAUUGGAGAAUAGUUUUAAUACAGUAAAUGUAGGAAGGCCUUUAGCCAUAUUGAAAACAAAUAUCUUUUUCAACAUUAUCUUAGCUCUACUAGUUGAUUUUUUUUAUUAUUAUAUGUAUCAUGAUACUUAACCUCUAUCUUGGUUUAAUCAUUUUAAGAUAGACCUAAGUAUAUUACCUUUAUUAUAAGAUUCUUGGAAGUAUUUUGUAAGUUAUUACAUGUAAAAGCUCUUAGAAUGGUGCCUUGAACAUAGCAUACCACAAAUAUUAGCUACCAUUUUCACUAGUGUUAUUUUAGAGAAUUUGCAUGAGAGGAGAGCACUUAUGAGUGUAAUAAAUAUUGAGAAAUCUUUUAUUAAUACAUCCUAGAUGGGUGAGGGGCACUGUAUGCCAUAAUGAAUGUGAGAAAGCUGUCAUUUAAGUCUCAUCCAUUAUUGCUAUAAGAGGAAAUUCAUACUGUUCAAAAAAAAAAAAACAGUGGAUUUAAUCACUAGAUUAUUGAGCACAGCCGUUUGAGAAUUGGAGCAAGGUGUGAAGUGAUUUUUAACAAAAUCUCAGAUCCAAAGUCUAAUAAAUCUAGGAAAUUUUUUUAAAACUUGAAUGUAUUGCUUUUGGAGUAAACAAAAUAAGAACCAAUGUUACAGACUGUUUUGCAAUGCAAAAUGAUGAGAGUUUGUGAUAGAGACUGCUUUUUUCCUACCCUAUAUCUAUUUUCAAUUUUUUAAUAACAAAAUUCUGGGCUGAAAAUUAUCUCAGCCUUCCUUGCAGAUCAAUAAGAUAGAAGUGGUGUUUAUAUGAGUAGGAGAUUUAUGAAAUCCAUUUUUCCUGUCUUUUUUCCCUUCCUACAAUGUGGACAUCUAAGCUGGAGCUCCAGUACUGUCAGCAGGACUUUGAGAAUGGUAUCUGGGUGUUGUGGGUCAUGGAGCAGAAAUGCAGAAGGAGACUGCAACUCUGAUGAUUUUGUGGAACAGCCAUCCUUGCUCUGGUCUGCUUGCCUCCUGUGUUUGUUUAAAUAAAUUAAACAUCUUAUUUGUUGA